UUCAGACGGCCGUUAGGGGGCAGCGUCCACCGGUUUCAGCAGGUUUGGGUUUCUGCUUUAUGCGAGUUGCACCGCGGCCGUGACAACGAGUAUUUAACUCCGAGCGAGGAUUUCAGUCAAACAAACUGCACACGUCGCCGCUUUCCGCUUUGAGAAGUCCGUGGCAAAAACUGCUGGAGGUUUAAGCGGCGUCAGACGUUGGCACCUCACACCUGCGGGUCUGACAAGUCGGUGCAACGAAGCGGAGGAAAACAGACCGUGAUGUUCAAUCCACACAUCCAUCAGCAGCAACAACAGCAACAGUUUCACCAGCACCUGCGGCAGCUACAGCAACUUUUCCAGCAGCAGCCCCCGCCUCCUCCUCCGCCACAGCCGCCUCCGGGACACCAUGUCCCCCAUCACCACCAGACGCCGCGAGCCCUUCCCGUUCCUCCUCAGACAGCCCCUCCUCCUAGGAUGGUCAAUCUCUGCCAGGCUACCCAGACAACCAUCAUCGCCCCCAAUCCUAUGCUGCAGGGCGCCAUACUCAUGCAACAGAUGCAGGGUAACAUGCGGGGCUUUGGAAUGGGCGGGCAGCAGUUCAGACAGUUCUUCGCUGCAGGAGCCAGAUCGUCCCUGCUUGGGCCCGUUCCCAUGGGCAUGGCCAUCAAGUCUCCGAUGAUGGGUUUCCCAGCUGCACGGCCCUUUCACCCACACCCUCGCUACUACAACAACAACACCAUCACCACCACAGCUCCGUCUGCCUCUUCCACCUUUAACACCGACGCUGCAGCUCGCCAGCCAGACAGGAAGAGAGACAGUGAGCAGAUGGCAGCAGGCAGCACAGACGACCAGCCAGCAGCAUGCAGCAGCACCAGUGAUGAAGCUACUGACAAGACUCAGACAGAUGGUGCUGUGGGAGGAGUGGAAGAGCUCACUAAGAACUCUGAGGAACAACUUGGAGAACCUGUAGUGAAGAGGCAAAGGACAGAGGGGUCAGAGGGACCCAAAGAACAGUGUUCUGUUGAGACUAUCACUAUUCCAGAUACAGAUGGGGAAGUUCUUUCCUCAGAGUGUAACAACACAGAGGACCCUCAGCCUGAAGACUGCACUGCUCUGGAGGACGGAGGCUCCACAGGGGGAUCAGAUGUUGUUGAGGCCAUAGAGGAGAUGAGAGCUGUUGAGAUGCAUAGCUGUUUGUCGGCCCCAUCACCCUCUGGCAGACAGACUGAAGAUCACCAGCAGGUUAAUUUACCAGCAGAAGAGGCUUCACAGGACAAAGAUGCCUCUUUGGCAUCACCAGACAACCAGGAUGAAGAAGAGGAGGGUGUAUCAGACGGCUCAAACAAGUUCUACUGCUACCUAUGCAGCAUUACCUGCCACAACCAGCAAAACUUCAGGAGUCAUAUGAAUAGCAUUUCCCACCAGCAAAGGAUGAUGGAGAUCCAACACAUGAGCAACGCCUGCUUGGUCACCCUGCUGCCACGAGUGCAGGAGUCUCUACAGGGAGCAAACAAAGAUGGGGAGAAAAAAUCUGAUUCGAAGCGCUGGUGUGCCACCUGUCACACUCACUUCACCUGUAGCAUCACGGACCACCAUCGCACAGAGGAGCACAAACUUGCCAGUAGAAUAGACAUGUCGUCCUGCUCAAUCUGCAAGAAGCGCUUCAAGAACUCUCAGAUGUUUUUAGAGCACUUGCAGUCGCAGGAGCACAGACAGAAGCUCCAGGAAACGGGCUGUGAGGCCUUGGCCAAGCUGACUGCCCUGGAUACUGAUGGCUUUUCAUUAGAAGAGGAGGAAGGAAAUGAGAUGGAGGAAGCAGAGGAAAGACAGAGUAUUGAAGGAGACCAAGGAGACAGACAGGAUGGCUGGUCCUCCCUGAAAGAAGUGACUCUAAACGACAUGUGCAGUGAUGAGCAGUAUGAUCCUGACACAGUCUAUGGGUCCAGUUUUUUGGUUCCAGUAUCAGGUUUUAUCUGCAGACUCUGCAACAAGUUUUUCAACUUUGAAUCCUCUGCACCACACACCCACUGCAAAUCACUGAAGCACUUUGAGAACCUAAAGAGCUACAGAGUGGUAGUAAGUCAAAAAGGUGAAGCUGUUGAGUCCUCCGGAGAAUCUCUCCAAGCUGCAGCCAGCCUCAGGCCUUCAACAGACACCACCACAGACUGUUCAGAUGAAAAUCUGCUCUCGGAUGAUGCAGGUUUAGCGACAGACACAAGCUCCAAGCACCCCACCAUCACGCUCACUCGACUGAAAGUGCAGAAAGAAAACCAGCAAGCGGAACCAGAACUGACCUCACAGGAUUCCACCUCCGUCUCAGCAACCAGCACUAGCGACGCAGACCAAGACCUCAGCCUCCAUCACGAGGACGAACAGAAUGCAUCCCAGGUGUCUUCGGCUCAGGAGAGUCCUGCUGAGCCGCCCGCUGGCAGCGCUGAGGAGGCAAACUCAGAGCCAGGAGCUCCCGAGCAGGGGGCUAAUGAAGAGGAAGAGAAGGAAGCUCCUGCUGGCCCACGUAAAAAUAUUGGCACUGGGAAGGCAAAAGCCACACCUAAACGCAGGUCAGGGAGAGCCGCGAACAAACGCUGAGUCCAAGAUUUGAUGUAGAAGGGAAAGAAACCUGGUACAAUCACAGCCACAGGACAGGAUGUGAGUUUACGUGAUGAGGUGCUUUCAAGGACCAGAGACCAAGAAGUCAACAGCCCAACCUCUCUCCAUGCUGGAAAGUCAGAACUAAACGCACGCCUACAAUUAGGAAUACUCUGACUGGUGAAUCACAGUGGAACAGGACUUCAUGUGAACUGCUCUCCCAGCAUGGGAAAUUAAUAGCUAUGAAAUGCAGGUUAGCAUUGAUUUUUGGUAAGGAUCCGAGUUGGAAACGGGUGCGUCUUUGUGUCUGCCAACCUCCACCUUAUGAAGUACGUGCAUCCGGUCUAAACUAAGCCUUUUCUUUUCAGUAUUUCCCAAUCAGGAGAAAUUGCAGUUAUGUUGCCCAGGAGAAGCUCCGUGCAUAAUGAAAAAUGCCGUGUCUUAGUUUCACACUACGUACUACAUCUGCGCAGGUUGUGGGUAGCUUUUAAUGCACACAUACCAAUAAAUCAUAUUUGUGGUUUUAAACAAUUAUAUUUGAACUUCCCAGAGCCAAACUAUUACAUUCUUGGGUAAACAUUUUGAAGUGUAGCUUGCAUCAUAUCAAAGUCAGUUUCACAUGCGGUGAUAUUGGAUCAUUUUCUUCAUAUAAUUAGCAUUUCACAAAAAGCACCACUGCACUGAAAUACAACCUCAGAGCUCAUAGUGUUUUGUGUUCUCACUGCAAAAAACAGUAUCAUGUGGCACGUAUGCUGUAUCCUACAGUGUACUUUAUGGUGUAUACAAGUAGUAUGUAGUGUGAAAUUAGGGCAUAGUAUUUACAAAUCACGCAAGCGGAAUACAAUUUUAAUUUAUAGCCAGAAUUACAAAUGUGGUUUGACAUGAAUUUUCUAAAUACAUGGAUGUGGAUAAAUCAGCAUUUUUAUUUUUUCGGUUUAAAUGUAUAAAUGCUCUGCUCCUAAUAAAGCAGAUUUUAAACGUUGCUGAGUUUCAGAAAGAAUGCUAACUUGUAGAUGUUCUGUGACUGGUUCACCCAAAUGUUAAUUUUCCACCCUGCUAUCCUCGAGGAUCAGGACGUUUGAUGAGGGCUCAUCGUCAGCUUUUGCUAGUUCUCCUGCUAGGUAGAUGAUUGUUAAUGUAACCUUCAAGUGUAGAAGACUCUACUGAUGGUAAAGUGGAGACAUUUUCCACAUCGCUAACCACGUAGCACACGCUUUUAGCGAGCUGAAAUGUAGAAUGUAACUAAAUUAAAUGUUUGGGCAGGUGACAUCUUUUGGUUUUAAAUUUUUUUUUGAUAAAAUGUUAAAAUGGUACAUUGGCCUGAGUGUUGAGAAACGCUGAUUCUUGAGUCUGAUCACGGUGUGGUUCAGGGCAUUUUAUCUUUUUGUUUUAAUUAGUUGUUGACAUUUUGGGUUCGAGUUGAUGUUGUGGUGUUUGGGGCAUAAGGUUGUCAGCUGCUGUUGCAUUUUCAUUUACAAACAGUUCUGCACACAUUUUAUUGCCCUAAUAUCUCCAAUAGCAAAGGUGUGGGGAGUUUUUUCUACGCAAUCUGCAGACAGUCAUAUGAAACAGUCUGAUUGUGUAUUCUUAAAAUGUCAAAGGGGCUCUUAAAAGACCAGCAGCAGACAGCUUUAUCUGCAUCUCUGAAUCAAAAAAUAGAAGGCCUCUGCUAUUACUACUUACGAGCUACUCCCUUGGUGUCUGCAUAUUGCGUAUUUUGACACUUGGAAGGUUUAGGCUGCUUCAAGCUCAGAAUCCAUACAUAUAGAAGCAUUUGCAUAGAAUGGAUCAUGCCGGCACCGCAGAGGUUUCAUGCAAAGUCACAUUUGGUGUCACAUGCCUGUGGGAGGUUUUGUUUUUUUCACAUUUCAAUGGACUUAAAAUGCUUUUACAUUCAUUCACAACACAAUAUUGUUAAGGGUGUUUAUUUGACUCCAGUUUUCUUUGUUUUCCCUCUCAUUGAAGGUUAUUUAAGUUGCUAUACACUGGACGGAGGGAAACACAUUUGAGUUAAUGGUCUGAAAUUUCUUUCGAAGAAAAUUCUCUAAGUGUAAAGAAUCCUUGCAAACUUUCAACUCUUGAUUUUAAGCACCAGUAACAUACAGUAGAUGUUCCCGGUUACAGAAAAUAGAUUUGAUUGUGGCAUCUCUGAGAUCACAGGGAUGUGAAUUGGGAUGUGUCACUUCCUCUUGCGCGACCAGUGUGCUGUUCUGGAAACGUUUCAUGCUCCGUGUAAGAGAAGGAUAUUUUAAACUGGGUGACACAUGUAGCAACUCUCAUGGUGGCGACUGUCACAUGGUUAGUAUCGUUUUGAGUUCUGAAGGAACAAGACAUGAUCUGAAGUGUACUUUUAAGCUCUGAAACCGAAUGGAGCAGGAGAGGAAAAAGGACAUGUAAAGGAUAAUUUCAAACAAAUCUGUAUGUUUCUUAUUGUAUUUUUAUUCAGCUACUGACAAAUUGAGAUGAACAAACAGGUGAUGUUUUCUAACUGCUGGAAGUUUAAUGUAUUUUUGGAUGUUUGUUUUCUGUUUGGGAGUCAUCUUAAUUUAUAUUAAAAUGUCUGACAAUUCCCA